UUGCAGAUGUUCAGAGAAACGACUUGGCGUCUCCCUCCGGCAAAAACUCACGCAUCCAAACACUGAAGUGAGAGAGAGAGAAUCAUUACUCGAGAAUCCAAUCUUCUUCUUCUUCUUCUGCUAGAUUCUCACGCCUUUUCUCUAUCUUCAUCCGAGUAUGACGAUGGGUGGUGCGUCUUCAUGCGAUUCACUAGUGGCUGCUUGCAUGUCCUCCGCCUCGCACUCAAGCGGAGACCGACUGACUCAAUUCGAUGCUAGGAGGAGUAGCAUCUGGCCUCGCCGGAGUAGACUGGUUAACAACUGCUCGCUCCAUGGAUCCCAGGCGAGUUCCCGUAACAACAAUGCCUCGUCUUCCCUCUUCGAAUCGAAUAACACUUUCUCCAAUCCAAAGCAGAGGAGAUUCAAUCGAGCAUCAAACUCUGGGCAAGUCACUACUCUAGAGAUGCAGAAGGAAGCUUCUUUGGAGCCACGCCGAGUUGUUGUCACUGGCAUGGGAGUUGAAACGCCACUAGGUCACGACCCUCAUACUUUUUAUGAGAAUUUGCUACAAGGCAAAAGUGGUAUAAGCCAUAUAGAGAGUUUCGACUGUUCUGCAUUUCCCACUAGAAUCGCUGGAGAGAUUAAAUCUUUUUCUACCCAAGGAUUGGUUGCUCCUAAACUUUCCAAAAGGAUGGACAAGUUCAUGCUUUACCUUCUAACCGCCGGCAAGAAGGCGUUGGAGGAUGGUGGGGUGACUGAGGAUGUGAUGGCAGAGUUCGACAAAUCAAGAUGUGGUGUCUUGAUUGGCUCAGCAAUGGGAGGCAUGAAGGUCUUCUACGAUGCGCUUGAAGCUUUGAAAAUCUCUUACAGGAAGAUGAGCCCUUUUUGUGUACCUUUUGCCACCACAAACAUGGGUUCCGCUAUGCUUGCCUUGGAUCUGGGAUGGAUGGGUCCAAACUACUCUAUUUCAACCGCAUGUGCCACGGGAAACUUCUGUAUUCUCAAUGCAGCAAACCACAUCACUAGAGGUGAAGCUGAUGUAAUGCUCUGCGGUGGCUCUGACUCAGUUAUUAUUCCAAUAGGGUUGGGAGGUUUUGUUGCCUGCCGGGCUCUUUCAGAAAAUAAUGAUGAUCCCACCAAAGCUUCUCGUCCUUGGGAUAGUAACCGAGAUGGUUUUGUUAUGGGAGAGGGAGCCGGAGUUCUACUUUUAGAAGAACUUGAGCAUGCCAAGAAAAGAGGAGCAACUAUAUACGCAGAGUUCCUUGGGGGUAGUUUCACAUGUGAUGCAUACCAUAUAACCGAACCACGUCCUGAUGGUGCUGGUGUCAUUCUCGCUAUCGAGAAAGCGUUAGCUCAUGCCGGGAUUUCUAAGGAAGACAUAAAUUACGUGAAUGCUCAUGCUACCUCUACACCAGCUGGAGACCUUAAGGAGUACCACGCUCUUUCUCACUGUUUUGGCCAAAAUCCUGAGCUAAGGGUAAACUCAACAAAAUCUAUGAUUGGGCACUUACUGGGAGCUUCUGGGGCCGUGGAGGCUGUUGCUACCGUUCAGGCAAUAAAGACAGGAUGGGUUCAUCCAAAUAUCAACCUCGAGAAUCCAGACAAAGCAGUGGAUACAAAGCUUCUGGUGGGUCUUAAGAAGGAGAGACUGGAUAUCAAAGCAGCCUUGUCAAACUCUUUCGGCUUUGGUGGCCAGAACUCUAGCAUCAUUUUCGCUCCUUACAAAUGAAUGGCGAAUAGUCCAAUGCUGUGUACUCUUGUGUAACUUGCUGUAAGUGUGUACAAGAACUUCCCAUGUUUUGAUGCAAUGUGUACGAGAACUUCCCAUGCUUUUGGUAGUGCCAUGAUUCAGGAUUCGAUUAACUUGCACAAAGAGUUUAAGCAACGUUGAAAAGAAAGAAAAAAAAAAGUGAUGAGGUAGCUGAGGAUUUGUCAGGAACAACAAUACUUCAUUUUUCACUUUGGUUAGUAAGACUAAAAUAUUUGAGCCAUCAUUUCUUGUAUUUUUAUUCUUUGAAAGCUUUAACCAAAGAAGAUUCAACAUCCAUCCAAGGAAAAAAUUUGAUAUGGUACCCCUCUA